AUGAGGCAAUUAAAGGAAUUAGAGGAACAAGUAACCGAAACAGCUAAUUGGAACCAAAAGCGAAAGGAACUUGUAACAACUACUUCACGUCGUCCUAAUAUGAUAUCGGAAGAAUUCAUGUCACCUUCUUCCUCUACAUCAUCAUCAAUUAGAAAAAGCAGAGAAACAUCAAACAGUAGCGGUAAAAUUGAUUUGGGUGAUGCUACCCUAGAGGACCUUGAAGGUUUAAUUGCAGCUUCUGCAAAGAGAUUGGCUAGUUAUCGAUUGAGAAAUCAACCUACCGUAAAAAAGAGUGAAGAAAUGGAUAAAUGGAAGGAACUCAUCGACACAUCAUCGAAUAUGUUUGAAAAAGAUACCUUAUUAUCGGCAAAGGCCUCACCAGAACCAGCACCGCAGAAAUCUUUUUCGUUGGCUGAAUUAGCAAAUCAACGGUCCACUCGAAAGUUAUCCACCGCUCAUUUGGGACAUGAUAUUUCUUCUGGUGUCACUACAACAAGAUCUACCAUGUCAAAUGCUACACCAAAAAUUGAAUCACCUAGAAUCAGUUCAAGCACAACUCCACGUGCUUCUUCAUCUCACGCAACCAGGUCAAGAAAAUUAAGCACGUUGGCCUCGUUACAACAAAAACAAAGAAUGAAUCAUCAUAACAAUCAACUUCAACAGAAUCAAACAGAUAUAAGAACUGUAGAUGAUUACAUGAAUAGUAUCAAGAAACCCACCACAAAGAAUAAUAGUUUUGAAGAACCAGCUACAGUGAAACGUAAAGUUAAACUGAGUAUCACAACGAGCCCUACUGUCAUUAGUGGGAAAAAAGUCACCAACAUCAAACCUACAUUAAAUGCAUCUACCAUCACUACAUCUACUGUUGUUAGAAGAAAAAGGGGAAAGACUUUGCCUGGCAGUCUUGCUACGCAACCUUCUGUUGUACCACUAUCUCUACCUCCAAUGAAAGUAGAACCAUUAAAUAUACCAACAACAAAGAACCGCACUGUUGUAUCCAAAACACCUACUCGAAUUCCUUUACCUGCAACCUUACAAACCACUUCAUCUACCACAAAGGGAAGAAGACCCGUUCAAAAAAAUAAUCCAACUGAAAGUAGUUCUGAUGAUGACCCCAAGAUUAUUAUCACCUCUACCAACUCUUCACGCUUAAAGCAACAACUACGUAAACCAAAAUCAAGUUCAACGGUGAUAUCCACUUCUAAGCUUGUAUCAGCCAGAACGAAUAAGAGUUCCGAAGACUUAACCACCCCACGCAACAAGAUAAGCAAUUCUACUACUACCAGUACCAGACCCGCUGCGGGUGGUUUAGCUACUUCAGUCUCUACCAAAACAAUGACAAGCUCAAGUUCCAAACGUAAAGUAUCUACUUUACAAGAACGUUUGCAGGGUUUAGUGGAUGAAAGUAAAACAUGGACAACUCAUAUGGAAAAGAGUAAAGUAGAAGGGCAAACAUCUGAAAUUAUUCUUCGUGGUAGAGGCACAAGUAGUACAACCACGAAUUCGACCGAGGAUCCAAGCAAGAAAGUAUCAGAUCAUCCCAAGGUCAUGAUGCGUGUAGCCAUGUCUCCAGAAGCAGCACAAAAAUUAUAUCAAUUUAACCUAACCUCUUACGAAAAGAUGGAGAUGCUUAAAUACGACAGUAUUUAUUUUGUUGGUCAUCAUGCAAAGAAGAGACCUGCUACCCCUUCUAACGCCACUUGCAAUUUUGGUUAUGAUGAUGAAAAGGGCGAUUAUCUUGUCCAAUUAAGGGAUCAUUUGGAUUACCGCUAUGAAGUUUUGGAAACCAUGGGCAAAGGUUCUUUUGGCCAAGUGCUUAAAUGUUUUGAUCAUCGUUCUGGUCAAACUGUAGCCGUCAAAAUUAUCCGUAAUAAAAAGAGAUUUCAUGCCCAAGCCUUAGUAGAAGUCAAGAUUCUGCAAGACUUAAUCGAUUGGGAUCCCGAAGAUAAACAUAAUAAUGUUAGAAUGACUGGUCAUUUCAUGUUUCGUAAUCAUCUCUGUAUCGCUUUUGAAUGUCUUAGUAUCAAUUUAUACGAAUUUAUCAAGAGCAAUGGUUUUCAAGGCUUUAGUAUGGGUUUAAUCAGACGGUUUGCUAUGCAACUGUUAAAUUCACUGGUAUUGUUACAACAGCACAAAUUAAUUCAUUGUGAUCUAAAGCCAGAGGAUUUAAUAGUGUACACUUAUAUUCAAAGCCGAUUCUAUCGUUCGCCUGAAGUCAUUAUGGGAAUGACAUACAGUAUGGCUAUUGAUAUGUGGAGUGUUGGUUAUUCUCAAGGAAAUCCACGUAUACAACCCAACUCAAAGGGUAGAAAGCGAAGACCAGGUACAAAAACUUUGGAACACGCUCUGAAGACUUCGGAUGAAAACUUCUUGAACUUUAUCUCUCAGUGUUUGCAUUGGGAUCCUGAACAGCGUUUAAAACCUGACGACGCAUUAAAACAUCCUUGGAUGUUGAGAUCUUCAAAAAAAUAUAAUUCAACUACACCAAGAUAG